AUACAUUUUGAAAUAAAUUUUUGUAUUUUGUAGUUUCACUUCAAGAUAUUCAUAUGAGAAAAGCAUUUAAGAGUUCUGUUGUGUAUGAUCAACAAGUCUUGUCCAGAAAUACAAUGCCUUCUGCUAUGGGAGAUAUUUAUCAUACUUGUGACAAACCACCACCCCUAGAUAAACUUAAUCCUUAUCGGGAAGAUGGAAAGGAUGGUUUGAAAUUUUAUACAGAUCCCAAUUAUUUUUUUGAAUUGUGGAAACAGGAUGUGCUUAAGGAUACAGAAAGAAUUUUACAUGAUCGUGGAAAAAAGGUACAAUAUUUUCAAACUAUACUGAAUAUAUGUUGCUAUGUAUAUACAAGCAUGAAUGAUGUAUGUGUUGUAGCUAGUUUGUGAAUUUGAUAAGGCUAGGAUUAACUGGCUAAUGCUAACUUUAUCCAGGCCAUACAAGCAAGUCACAACCUAAUUUAAUUUUGAACUUUAUUCAUAAAAAGCCUGCUUUAUCCAAGUUACAAGCAGAUAAAGCUGACAUUAUCCAAAAACAGUUAAAUGAAACACGAAUAAAACUUAAAAUUUUGUUUUUAUAAAUGUUGAGGAGAAAAUUUAGGGUGUCCCUUUAGCUGGAUAAUAUGUGAUUUUUAAAAUGUAGGUUGGAUGAAUAAAGAAGGCUAAUUAGUUAUUAAAUAAACUAUAAUUUAUUAAUAUAUUGUUGCAUAAAAAAUGAGGGGAACAAAAAUAAAUGUUACUAGUUAUUUUACUAAAGUAUUGUUAGAUUUAGCUAAAAGAUUUUCAACUUUAAAGCAUAAAAUCAUAGAUUUAGCUUUAAAGUAAUAGUAAAAAACUACUUUGAUUUACAGAGUACCAAUAUAUAUUUAGAAUUUAAAUGGUAUAGAUCAGGAGUAACAUAAUAAAUACAAAAAAUCCAGAAAAUAAGUACUGUUUGGCUAUUUAAAAAUGUAGGCAGUUGAAACAAAAAUUAUUAAUUAUCAUUAAAUUAUACAUAGCUUAAUCUAGUUUUUAACAUAAUCACCAUGCAAAUUGAGGCACUUAUAUCUAUGCGUUUUGUUUUGUGAAUGUCUGUUAGCAUUUUUGGCACUCAUCUUAAACAUAAAUUUUUGAAGUGCAAGUGUUUACUCACAAAUUUCAUGUAGCAAAAGUCUUGAAAUAUCAGGAAAUUGUAGAGAUAAAUCAAAGUGUAAGCCAUGUAUUGGAAUGAAUCUUCUCAUCGACAUUGUGCAGCAAGUCUUUAUUGACUAGGUAUGGGUGGCUGCUAGACUUCUUGCCAUGAACAUUGUUCUUUCCUUUAUUAAACAUCCUAAUGCACUUUCUCACCAUACCUUCCUUCACUUAUCACAUUUAGUCUGUAAAUCUCACAAAUUUGCCUGUAAAUUUUGUGUGGUUGACCAUUUCGCACAUUCAGAAACUAAUUACUGAUUGUAUUUCACAACUGGCAGAUCACUCAGUUGUUUUGAAUAUUAUAAUUGAUGCUUAGUGAUCCUCAAUGUGAACAACAAUAACAAAUAUGGCUCAAUUACUUUGUUUUUGAGUGAAAGAAAUAACUAUGUAUGCAUGACUUUUACAUUGCCAAAAUGCACGAGAGAAAUAUGCAAAUGGUACUUACUUUCUGGACAUGCCUUGUACAAUUGAAAAAUUAUAAAAGUUUUGCUGAAACUUUUUAACUUUUUUGCAUUUUUUUGCAAUACUUAGUGUUACAAUACAUUUGUGAUCAUGUGUUUGUCUGAAAGGACUUUAAAGACAUCUGUUUUUGUAUUUAUCUUUGAUUGUAUUUGUAAAUAUAAUGAUACAGUUUACAAGUGUUUUUCAAAGAAGUUUAUCAUAGGUACGAAAAAAUUCAGGUUGAAAGUUGUUACUAUAUUGUCAAUUGGCUUAAAAUCUAACAUUAAAUUACCUUGAUACCAAUUUAUUGUUAGAUCAACAUGACUAAAAGAAAAAAUUCUCAUGCCCAUAAAAAAGGCAACAUACAGUACAUAUUCAGCUCUAACCAAACAAUGUUGGAUAGACUUCACAUUAUCCAAAUAAAGUCUAACUUUUAUGUUUUGUUCUAGCUUUAUCUAUUUUUUUUUGGAUAAUUUCAGCUUAAUCCUCUUGUGACUUGGAUAAAGUUUAAAAUGAAUGAAUUGUUACUUGUUUUAACCAAAAGACUUGCUUAAGUCAGUAUUAGUUGUCUAAUCCUAGCAUUUUCUGAUACAGACCUUAGCCAUAAGUAUAUAUUAAUAUAUAUUUGUAUAUAUGGAUAUAUGUAUGAACUGAAUGCUUUAUGA